AUGGCCAUCGUCACCAUUCCAGCUCGGACAGGCGACUAUGUGGCCCUCAAAUCCGGGCAACGACUCAAGCUGAUCAAUCCGCACGGCAACCAGGUCAUUGACUUCUGGGCUUUCGUGUUUCCGAAUAGCAGUACCACUGCGACUGCCGGUGACGGUGACAUACCCAGGAGCUUCAUACGCUCCUCUUUUCCGAGUACUACAAAAGCCAACGAUGCCGGCAGUAGUACUUGUACUGGUAAGCCGUCGUCCGAUACAACGACGUCUACAACAACGCCAUCCUGCCCGUCACCCAGCCCGUACCCAUUCGCAACGGGUAUCCAGUACUUCUCGGCCUCACGCACCCGCAGCAUCCUAUCCAAACUCAUCCCGGCGACCCAGGACGUGCUGUACACCAACAAAUCCCUCCCGCUGUUCACGCUGCUCGAGGACACCACGUCCGGCAUCCACGACACGCUGUUCGGCUGCUGCGACCGCUUCCGCAUGCACAACCUCGGCUAUCCGGACUUCGAGCACGCCAGCUGCGCCGAGAACAUGCACGUCGCGCUCGCACGGGCUGCUGCUGCGGCGGCGGCCGACAACGACAACGACCUCUUCACUCCCGGCAGCAUCUGCAUCUCGGACGAGUGGACGCCGGACCCGUUGAACGUCUUCAUGAACGUGCCCAUCACGACGGGCUUGGAUCGGGACUCCGGCGGCGGGAAGAUCGAGUGCGUUCCGCCCGAGAGCAAGGCCGGCGAGUAUAUCGUUCUCAGGGCCGAGCGGGACUGUCUGGCCAUCAUGAGUGCUUGUCCAAACGAUUUGAUAGAGGGCGUCAACGCGGGAGACUGUACGGGUGUGGAAUAUGAGGUGUUGGCGGCGUAAAGAAAUUCGAUUCUCAUUCGCCUGGCCAAACCGACUGAUCGGGACUGCGACGGGGUUUCCUCUUCUACAGUAUAAUCCGACGUCGAAAUCGAGCAAAACGCGAAGCGAAGCGCUGCGAUGCAAUUUUACCUCAUUGCUGAGACAGAACGUGGGUUUGCCAACAGGUACGUAUAAAAGAGCCAUCGAAAUCCAAACGUGACAACGGCAUACGCCAACUCUGUGGC